AUGUACAGGACGUGUAGGAAAUUCUCGGAACCGGUUCUCUACAUCCUGCGGUCUCGAAUGGGUUACACGUUCGAUCACCCAGAGCCGAAUUUGUUGUUGAAAUUCGGGCCAACCGACACAGUUCCAGCAGAUGUUAAGUGCAGAUACUUGAGCACGAGCAGCUUGCAGGAUUCAUUACCAGGUCGAAAGCUACUGGCGGAUGUUUUCGCCGUAUUCCGGCCUACGUCAUAUUCACCAGCCAGCACGCCUUGGGGGGGAUCUCCAGCAAAUGAGCUGCUGAAGCGAGAAGUGAUAUUGGAAGAUUUUGAACAAUUUGCCCAAGUCCAGGCGAAAAUAUCCUUGGUGUCGACCCUGGCCACCUUGCUCAUAACAGGUUCUACCAAUAUUGGGGGCACACUGGUUGUUCGACUACAGAGAGACUGGCUUGAAAGCCAGCGUUCCGAGGUCGUCUGGUUGGACCAGCAACAUACACUUGGGAUCCGAGUUGAGGUACGGAGAAUCGAGCCCAGCUUUGCCACCGCAUACGAAGUCACGGUGACUGAGCUGCAUGUUAGUGCCACCCGCCUUCUUGUGGCAAUUGAGAAGGCAGAAGAGAAGAAGAGGAAUAGGAAUACCAGCGUAAUCCGUCUGCGGGCUGAUCCCCACGCCCUGGGACUGAUUGAGAUGAACGGACUACUUAGACAGGGCGUAGGCGCACGAUAG